AUGCCCGACAAGGGUACCGAAAAAUCCUACUCCCACCAUUCGGGAUCCAACAGGAGCUUCAUGCGCAGCUUCCUAGCAGGCGGCAUAUCCGCAGGAAUCGUGAAAACCGUCACGGCGCCCUUAGAACGCGUCAAGAUAAUCCUGCAAUUGCAAGCGGCCCGAAAGGAAUAUCGCACGAAAGACGCUUACAAGGGCAUCUUAGACGCCUUCCUGCGCGUGCCCAAAGAUCAGGGAUUCCUGAGCCUGUGGCAGGGCAAUUUGGCCAACAUAAUCCGGUACGUCCCCACCCAAUCGCUCAAUUUCGCCUUCAAAAGCGCUUACAGGAAGUACUUUUUAGGAGACGGUUCGCACUCGUUUAAGCACUUUCUGUUCGUGAACGUCCUCGCAGGAGGCGCCGCAGGAUCGUCGGCCAUGUUGUUCGUUUAUCCGUUAGAUUACGCCCGAACUGCCCUCACUCUAGACAUGGCGAAAAAGGGCGCUAAAAAGGAAUACAGCGGUAUCGCCGAUUGUAUCGUGAAAACUUACAAAUCCGACGGCUUAGCAGGAUUGUACAGGGGAUUUGUCGUAUCGGUGCAGGGAAUAUUCAUCUACAGAGGAGCUUAUUUCGGAUUGUACGAUACGGCUAAAGGUCUCCUGCCGGAUCCGAAAAAUUCGCCGUUUUUGGUUUUAUUCGCCAUUGCUCAAAGUGUUACGACUGUAGCAGGAUUGGCUUCGUAUCCUUUCGAUACGGUGAGGAGGAGGAUAAUGCUGCAAUCGAACAGGAAGGAAGAGGAUAGAGUGUAUAAAAGUAUAGGCGAUUGUUGGGUGAAGAUUUACAGGGAGGAAGGGGCUCGGGGGUACUUUAAGGGGGCCCUUUCGAAUAUACUGAGAGGAGUGGCUGCUUCUCUGGUGCUGGUUUUUUACGAUAAAAUCAAGAAUGUGGUUUAG